AUGAACGGUCUUCUGGUUCGGUACGGUUUCGGUGGUCGAUUUUGCGGGGUCCCAUCCGUGAAUCUUCAUGCAAAUGAUGUCAGCUGGUAUGCCUAUGCCGAUGUCGACCAGAUAACGGAAGACAUGAAUCGGAGGCCUUGGAGCCUAUUGGGGCUUCUGGUAGUUCUGCUACUGGGAAUGAGCCAUGCUGACAACACGAAGACAGAGGAAAACUUGGACGCCCAAGAGUUGGACGGCGGGCGACAGAGCCGGGGUUUGGCCCUGUUUGGCCUCAUGAAGGAGGUGGUGGCCAGAGCAACCACCACCAGCGAGGUGUUGACCCUCAACCUCACCAAUCUCGUCAUCUUACUCGUACUCAAGGGCAUCCUCAUCGCCAUCGGCAUCGCUGGUGGUUUCGGCUUUGGCGGACUCUUCGGCGGGAGGAGUUUCGAGACGAAGAAGUCCUUUUUCCAGACGGACGACCUGCGAUGGAUGAUGACCUACAUGAUCGGCACGUAUGACGCCGAUUAUUCCUGUCUCAAUCUUCUCGCUUGCCUGGACCCCGACAAUGCUCACGAAUACGUCAUGGGUGCCAAACUCAUGAUCAAGGGUGGCAAAGCCGUCAGCGACUUCUCCAGAGGUUGGAUCCCAUAUAACACCAAGUACGAGCAGAUCGUCCGGGAUCUUCAAGCUGGAGCGGAAUACGCGGGACAAUGCGAACGCAAGUACCACUGUGACCUCAAACUCUUUUGAUAAAGAAAACAGACAAAGAAAUGGUGGGGGAAAAACUCCAUGGAC